UGUCCCAGCUGAACAGCGUGUCUCCAGGAAGAGGGGUCGUUCAGGGGGGAAAGAUGGAUUCAGACUCUGGGGAGCUCAGCGAAGGGGAGCUUUCUCCAGGCCAGGAAAACUUUAAUUCCAAGAACCUAGCCCUGCAGGCCCAAAAGAAGAUUCUGAGCAAGAUGGCCACCAUGGUGGUGGCCAACCUGUUGACAGAUGACACCAGCAGCGAGAUCCUGGACGAGCUGUACAAGGCAAGCCGCGAGUACACCAAGAACAAGAAGGAGGCGCACAAGAUCAUCAAGGAUGUCAUCAAGAUCGCACUCAAGAUAGGCAUCCUUUACCGCAACCACCAGUUUAGUACUGAGGAGCUGGAGACAGUGGAGCGCUUCAGGAAGAAGAUGAACCAGGCAGCUAUGACAGCAGUCAGCUUCCACGAGGUAGACUACACCUUCGACCGGAACAUUCUGUCUGAGCUGCUGCUGGAGUGCAAGGACCUUCUGCAUGAGCUGGUGGAGAACCACUUGACCGCCCGUUCCCAUGGUCGCAUCGACCAUGUCUUCAACCACUUUGCCAAUGUGGAGUUCCUCAGUGUGCUCUACAGCCCCUUGGAAGAGUACAGAUUGUAUCUGAGGAACAUCUGUGGAGGCAUUAACAAACUCCUGGAUGAGGGUGUCCUUUAA